AUGAAAGAAAUAUAUUCUGUGUUUUUCUACCUAUCGUUAUCAAUUGCAUUGUGUUCACCCAAUGUUUCCACGUUCUGUGGAAACGAUGAACAGAUUGAAGAUUUGAAAACGGCCUUAAUAGUUCACGAAACCAGUUACACGGCAAUGACAACACUGGCCGCAAUCCCUCUCACUGCUAUGGCGUUAACGUUCUUUCAAAUGAUGAUGGCCGGUAAUUUUGCUAUGCGUUUGAAUAAUGCAUUUGAUGAAAUGGAAAGUGCUCUGAAUGAAGAUCAUAAAGACUACGAAAAAUGUUUGGAAAUCUUAGAAAAAACAGAAAUCGCAACCACAGUCAUCAAGUCAUCUAGUCUUGGCUUGUCUCUUGCGUCAUUAAUACCCGGGGUAGGUUUGGUACUCUUACCUCCGAGAAUAGCUGCAUCGAUUUCUGUUAUGAUUCUUAUAAGAGACGGUUUAAACUUUUGGCAAAAGACCGGUUGCCAAAAUGCUACAAAAAGAGAUUGUUAUUUAUAA